CACCAGUCACCACUAGCUUGUCGCCAUCCAUUAUUUCAGCAACUUCCCGCUGUUGAGCUUGAGCUUCCCAUCGUCUUCAAACAGCAGCUCGCGGUCAUCCGUAGCAGCAGCUUCCCGUCGAUAUGAAGCAUUUUCCGGUGAGCGUCGGGAUCGUGUUGCCGAAUCUGUUGGCUUUUGGUGCUUGCUUGGCGAGUUGGACCGUUCAGCUUCCUUGGACGUGAAGAAGGUACGUAGGUUCUGUUCUGAAUAAUUGGCACCACCAUUAACGUUUUUAGAAUGUAGAUUUUGUUGGGAGCAAACUUGUCAUUAGCAAAACAAUUGUGUUGUAUGUGCUUUCGAAACUAAUGAAAUAAUUGAGAGUGCAGGAAGAGAAACUUAACUUGUAUACAGAUUAUGCAAAAGCUGCGCAAAUGCCAAAUGGACGGGUUGAUCAAUAAAGGAGGAAAGAGUGUGGCAGAUCACAGUAGGUGCAUUUUCCCCAAAUGGCUUGGCGGGCGCUCAAGGAAAGCCAUUCAUCAGCCACGUCAGCAACCGAACAUCUCAACAUCAACAGGUUGGAAGGAGGAAAUUUCCUUAGAUGGAAGAUUUACAGAUCAGAAGCAUUCAAAUAAAACCAGAAGCUUACCAUUCCUGAGAGAAUACGAAAUCUGCUAAACAUGGGAAGAUAGAUCAAGGCAACGGUCAACUUGUCUCAAAUAGAAGCAUGCAAAAUCAAGGCCAACUAAACAAGGAGAGUAUUUCUCUUACAGAUGCUUUUGGUCACCAGAGUAGUAUAUAAAGAGAAGAAAGCUGGCAGACUUUUCGGGUGGAUCAAGAUCAGAGUGCUAAGGAGUGUGAGCAAGAUUUUGAGUGAAAAGUCAGCACAGUAAUCGGGGAGAUUUCUGGGUAUAGGUAUUGGGCAAUACCAAGGUUCUAUCAGCUGGAUAGUUGAUAGGUUAGUUUUUGUCGAUUCAGCGGGGAGCUAAUCGACUAGGUAUUUGAGAGAUUGUGUAAUCAUCCAGAGCUUCAACCAACAUAUUCUUAGUGCUUCGUCUGAGAUCACACAACGUGAUACUCGGACCGUGGAAUAGUCAGUGUUGAGAUCCUUAAUUCUCUCAACACUGGAAACCAUGUAAAAAUUUGGUGUGCUGUGUUAUUUUCCUUGCGAUUUAUUUUCUGGUUUUCAGUUCAUACUCUGUUUGUCGUGUGUUCUUGAAAUUCCAAUUGCAGGGGACUCUUUGAUUCUAAAGGAGAAGCAAGCUGUACACAAACCUUGUUAUUACUGAAACGGUGAGUAUAGAAAAGAAAGGUGAAGUUGGCUUUGGAAGAAAGUUGUCAUCAGGUUAGUUAUUUGGGUUUUCAAUUAAACGAAAGGUGAGUUAGUUGGGCCCAAAACCAAAAGCCCAGCAUGAGUGUUUUGUUCGGGCAUUCAGAACACAAAGUACCAAAUUUACAGAAUCGUUUUCGAUCAAACCCUUUUCUCUUUCCCCUCUCAUGCUUGUUCUUGGCUAGAACGCAGAAAGGUUAUUUACAGGGACUGACUUGACUGAUCUGAAGCAAGAAGAAGCAAAAAUCAUCUCGCGCUCGACGAACUAACAGAUUUCACCACUAUCAUUGUUUUAAAUUUUAAUGUAGUUAUUAAUAACUUUUUAUAUGCUUUAUCAGAAUAGGUAUGGUCAUUAUUAAUCAUUUAGUUUGCAUUAGUAAAUAUAUAUAUAGAAAGGUGCAUUUCUAAUGUUAAUUAUUGGUAUUAUUAACAAAUUUACUAGGGAGCCAAAUUGUUAGCUAUCAUAGUAUUAUUGAUGAAUUAUCAACGAUAUAAUGAAACAUUAUUAUCAUUUAUAUGAUGUAUUGUUAACAAAUUCGAUCAAGUUGUUUUUCUAAAUUUUUUAUAUUAUUAACGUUUAUGUGAAGCAUCAUCAAGAAUAUAUUGUCAUAUUUUAAACAUUUCCUAAAUAAUUUUUUGGCUAUUGAUGAUCACCAUUUUUUAAAUUAUUAAUGAUUUUCAAGAAAUUGUUAAGAUUGAAACAUUACGUUAUCAAAGGUUACACUAUUAACAUUUGUUAGCCAAUUAUUAACAAUGCAAUGUAACAUUAUCAAUAUUUAUGAGGGGUGUUAUUAACAAUCUACGGUCAUAAUUAUUAAUGUUUUAUACAAUAGUUUAGUAUAUUUGAAAUACCCAUUAUUAAUGAUAUCUCGUUUUUUUCUUCUUCAUGAAUGGAGUGCAAGAGACGAAGAAUGGAGGGCCGAAGUGUGGACACGGUGAUACAAUCGUGGUCUUCCUUUUCUUGAAGAAUGGAGCGUCGGAGAUGUAGACGUCGGGUGCAGAAUGCGGAGAAGGGGUAUUAAAAUUAUGUUUUAGGUUAGGUUUAUGGAAUAUAGGUGCAUGUACGUGGGAUAAAAAAACGGGAGUUUCCAUUUUUUGCAAAUGAGGUUAAUUAUUAAUGAAAUUAAUUAUUUUCUUAAAUCAUUAUCUGGUAGUUAUACCGUUUCUUCUCUCUCCUUUUUCUAUUGGCCACCAAUUACUUAAGAAAUUCCUUAAGCUUUGAAGCUUAAGGACCAGAUCCAACCCGGUUCAUUCAUUCUUCCACCAGAAAAUACGAACUCCGACUUGUCGGGAAACAAAAACAUUUGUCCAAAUUGACCAGGCCCCCUCUACUCCACUGUCUUCUCCCUCAGCAACGCCGAUAAGACCGUCCACUCCACUAAUCAAUCCUUAAACAACUACCUUUCCUCAUCUCCCUCCACGUGUCCUCCCCUCCAUACCUAAAAAAAAAAAGAUCAGAGUCCCCAGAAACAGAGAAGCAAACCACAACCAGAGUAAAGAGUGAAAAUCUAAGAAGAAGAAGAAGAAGAAGAAGAAGAAAUGUCAGGAGGAGUCGGGCCGAGCGCAGACAUAACCCUACCGAAGGACCAACAAGAGCAAGAACAAGGCCACAAAUUUGUCCAAGACAACAAAAAGACCCAAUUGCCACCGAAUUCCACCGCCGCCCCAAGAAACAGAGCAUCCCUCCUCAGCUUCUACCAGCUCAAUUCCCUCGCAGCGAUCAUCGUCCUCGCCGCCAGCGGCCUCGUGGGGAUCUCCGACUUCGCAUUCGUCGUCUUCUCCCUCUUCUACAUCUUCCUCCUCUCCCGAUUCCCCUUCCCCCCGCUUCCUCAAAAGGACGCCAUGAAUCUCGACACUAGAUCCAGAACCCUCCGCCUCUACGUCUUCUUCGGCGCCGUCCUGGGGAUCUUCCUCCCCGUCGCCUACAUCUGCGAGGGGAUCCUCGAGGGGGACAAGGACGGGAUCAAGGCCGCCGCCCCUCACGUUUUCUUGCUCGCGAGCCAGCUGUUCAUGGAAGGCGUCGCCUUCUUCGACCGAUUCUCGCUCCCCGUCGGGAUCUUCGUCCCCGUGUUCUACAACUCCCGCCGCAUCUUCAGCCUCGCCGACUGGCUCCGCAGUGAGCUCGCAAAAUCAGAGGGCGUUGGUGGCGGCGGGGGCGGGCAGGGGUGGUCCGGCGCAAGGAGGUUGUAUUUCGGGAGGGCUCUGGCGGUGGCGAACAUGGCAUUUUGGGGGUUCAACUUGUUUGGGCUUCUGUUGCCUGUUGCCGUACCGAUUUGUCUCAAGAAGUACUACGCCGCUUCUCUUAGGAAAGUCUCCAAAGACUGAACAAAACUAGCUAGAGUAGGAAUGAAAGGAGACGUAUUGAAAGAGAGAGGGCGAAAAAACGUUGUAAGUGGAUGCAGGGGAGACAUGUCUGUGUUUCUGUUUCAGGCUUUGUAUUAGGUGAGACCGUUUGUAAGCAGCUUCUUCUUCUUUCUCGCCAUAGUAAAAGUGAUCCGUUGAC